GCCACACCAACCAUCUCACUACAGUAUCCCACACCACUGCUUCCUUCUUCUCUAAACAAUACCAAAGAAAUAAUUUACGAACAUGGAACAAAUAGGCCACCAAAACCUCCAAACCUUCAGCCACACCUCAAGAUCUCAGUUUCUGAAGAAAAUAAUUAUCCAAUUGUUUGUUUCAGUUUCAGUGUUUUCUUUGCUUUUUUCUAACUCCUCUCGCUUUUCUCUUCUCCAUUCCUUCAACUUCUAUUUCUCCACUGUCCCUGUCCAGCUCUUUAGCCGUACCAUAGACAAGAACUGUAUGUUUCUCCUUUGUAAUGGCCUUUUAGUUUUCGUCACCACACUCUCUGGUUUGGAUAGUUCUUUCUCCAAGUAUAACGAUCAUAGCAGCGUUAAUGAGUCUGUCAAUAAUUAUGAAGAUGAUACAGCAACGUCAUUAGUAUUGGCUCACUACUCGAAAGAGCCAUUGCUAGAAAGAGAAGAUAUGAUGGCCAAAGAAAAAGUUGAUGACGAGGAAAGAAGAGAAAAUAAGGAGUGUAUCCAUAGAGAAGCAGGAGAUAGAGAAACACAGCAGUUUAUUGUGGAAGAUGAAGCAGAAGAAAGUAGAGAAAGCGGGUUCUUGAUUACUUCAGGAAAAGAAAAUAGUGAUGAAGUUCUCGUUGAAGAAGAUGAUGAUCAUCAAAGAGAGGUCGUCAUAGAGUUAGAUGAAAACUUUCUUGUUUCAGAAGAAGAAGAUUAUGAAGAAGAAGAAGAAGAAGAAGAAAAUGAGAUGCUGAGCACUGAGGAACUAAACAAGAAAUUUGAUGAAUUUAUCAGAAAGAUGAAAGAAGAAAUCAGAAUUGAAGCUCAACAGCAAUUAGUAAUGGUUAGUUAAAUAAUAUUUCAAUAAGCAAAUAUCAAGAAGUUCAUCAGAGAGAUCAAUUUGUCUCAUCAAGCUUCAAAAUCAAUAAGAGACAUGUUUUUCUCCUUUUCUUGGGGCUGUAAUUGUUGGAAUCUUUGCCUUGUUAGUUUGAUUCCUAAACAAAUUAAUUACAGCUUUAUAUACUAUGAUUGGAUUCAGAAUCAGGCAGAUUACAAAGUCGAGAAAAGAAAAAAGUUUAUGAAUUA